AUUGGGGCACGGUGGCGUCAUGGAUUGCGUUGGUUUCCCGGAUGGAGUUCCGACGCCAUCUUUACACCAGUGCUGCUGCUACCGGUAGCUAGAGAGUGGGGACGCUGCAGUUGCUCCACUAAGAACCGCCGACUGAGACAGACAUACACAAGUUCGAUCGGCUCUCCCUCCGCACAUCAUCGACAGUCUGACCCAGAACACCAUGGCAGAUCGAGAGCAUUUAGUAUACCAGGCCAAACUCGCCGAACAAGCUGAGAGAUACGAUGAAAUGGUGGAGUCCAUGAAGAACGUGGCGGGCAUGGACGUGGAGCUGACGGUGGAGGAGCGGAACCUGCUGUCGGUGGCGUACAAGAAUGUGAUCGGAGCCAGAAGAGCAUCCUGGAGGAUAAUCAGCAGCCUUGAACAGAAGGAGGAGAACAAAGGAGGUGAAGACAAACUGAAGAUGAUCCGGGAAUACAGGCAAACGGUGGAGACUGAGCUGAAAUCAAUCUGUAAUGACAUUCUGGAUGUACUGGACAAGCACCUCAUUCCAGCAGCAAACACUGGAGAAUCGAAGGUUUUCUACUACAAAAUGAAGGGAGACUACCACAGGUACCUGGCAGAGUUUGCCACGGGCAACGACCGAAAGGAGGCGGCAGAGAACAGCUUGGUUGCGUACAAAGCUGCAAGCGACAUCGCCAUGAUCGAACUCCCACCGACACACCCCAUCCGCUUGGGACUGGCGCUCAACUUCUCCGUAUUUUAUUAUGAAAUCCUCAAUUCCCCCGACCGCGCAUGCAGGUUGGCGAAGGCGGCGUUUGACGAUGCCAUUGCAGAACUGGACACGCUGAGCGAGGAGAGCUACAAGGACUCCACACUCAUCAUGCAGUUGCUACGCGACAACCUGACACUAUGGACUUCAGAUAUGCAGGGAGACGGUGAAGAACAGAAUAAAGAAGCGCUGCAAGAUGUGGAGGAUGAGACCCAGUGAGACCUUCACGGCCAAUACGAGACACCCCUCCCUCCCUACCCCUCCCCUCUCCGCCUGCUAGCCCCAGUUCCAACUAUGGUGUCAGUGAGAGCUCCCAAACUCGGCUUUUACGCUGAUGCCAACUCGCUCUUUUACCCCUUUUCUUGUUCACUAUCACUCUAUCCGUCUGUCAGUUCUUCUGGUUUUCCUUUUAUAAAAAAAUAAAGAUAAAAAUCGCCCAUUUCAUUGGAAAUAAUAACUUCUGCAUUUAAACACAAGAAAAUAUAAAAGCUAAAGCUUCAAGCUGUUCCUGGGUGUUACCUUUUUCCUUUUUUUAAUAUAUAUAUAUAACUCCUGUUGCAAGCCUGGCCAUGUAAGGGUCACGUCAUUUAUCUUCACAUUUUUUGUUUUCAUUUUUGCUGUGUCAUCAGUUGCCAAGUGUGCUUGCCUGAGGUCGUCAACGUUCACGCGCUCGCUGACUUGAUUUUUAAAACACAAAAGUUUGCUGUAACUCUUUUUCUAGAACUGAUUGAUGUCUUCGUGCUACUUUACUCUAAUCGUCUAAGCCUUUGGUCGCAAAUUAGGGAUGGUGGCGGCUUUUGACUGUUUUUAAAAGGGACAUAAAGCUUUUUAGAAGGAACGAAGUGCCCGUUGUGUUUCUCCUCUCUCAUUGCCAGACUCUUAUCAAUGACGAUAGCAGAACUUCCCCCGAGCAUCUCUUUCUUUGCGAUCACCACUCAGGUUCGAGGCUUGGACCACGCAUUGUUGUGCAGUCUGUAGCGCUGCUUUUGUACUGGUUGCUGACGUAUAGAGACGAUGGCUUGUAGCAGUGUUAAAAAAACAAAAAAGAAACAAGGAGCACGAAGUUUAUCCAUCUCUCUUAUGUAAGGUAAAGCAGGUUUGCAUUGGCACCGUAAAAAAACUUUGUUUAAAAAAAAAAAGAAACCUGCUUAUGUUAUCUUGUAUUGCCCCUCUGUUCCAGAAUGUUCUCUUUCUCCCUCUGUCCUGCCCCCUUAUUUUCUCUCUUCUGUUCAGUAUGUGUAGCUUGAAUCUGAUUUGUACUACUGGAUAUUCUGACUGGACCCACACACACCGUCUGUCUUCUUACUGAAACACAGCAUGGAAAUUAACAUUUAAACUUCAAAUAAAAAAAGAAACUUACAUUAAAA